AUGCGUGAUAUGAAAGUAUUACAUACAAUUCGUGAUAUACCAUCAAAUCGUGAUGGUCUUUGUGCAUUAUCAUCUAAUGAUGAAAAUCCUUAUUUAGCUUAUCCAGGAAGUACAAUAACGGGUGAAGUACAAAUAUUUGAUACAAAUAAUUUGAAACCCGGUAUUAUAAUAAGUGCUCAUGAAAGUACACUUGCUGCAAUGGCAUUUGAUAUGACUGGCACUAGAAUAGCAACAGCAUCGAAUAAAGGAACAGUGAUUCGUAUUCAUAGUGCAAUUGACGGUCCGCGUUUAUUUGAAUUUCGUCGUGGAGUUCGACGAGCUGCCAUUAUUUAUUCAUUGUCAUUCAGUCCUGAUUCAAUGUUUUUAGCAGCUUCAAGUAAUACAGAAACAAUACAUAUAUUUCGAUUAAUUCAACAAAAAGAAAAACCUCCAGAAGAAACAAAUUCAUGGAUAGAAUUAUUUAUUUAUCAAUUAGGUAAUGUUUCAUAUCAUUUAUCUCGAAAAGUAGCAGAAGUAUUUACACAAGAUCGUGCAUUUUCAACUUUACAUUCACGAUUAACACGAAUGAAAAUAACGAUUGCUAUGAAUAUUUAA